UUCUACAAGGCAGCUCACUUUCAACGCUCAGGAAAUGUCUACCCUGAAAUCAGAGAACGCCACCACACUGGAGAAUGCCAUGCAAUUAAUGAUCCAGACCUUCCACAAAUACUCGGGCAAUGAGGGUGACAAGUACACACUCAGCAAGGCUGAGCUUAAAGAGAUGCUCACCCAAGAGUUGGGAAACUACCUAGGGAAUGCACAGGAUAAGGAUGCUGUGGAGAAGGUCAUGGGGGACCUGGACUCCAACAAUGAUGGUGAGGUGGACUUUACAGAAUUUGUCAUCCUGGUGGGUGCGCUCACUGUGGCCUGCAAUGACUUCUUUCAAGAGUUUACACCAGAGAAAGGGGAAAAGAAGGAGUAGAUGUCAACAAUUGAAUGCUAAAAAGAAAUGAGGGUGGAAGAUGAUGAGGGAAAAAUGCAUAAAUAUGUUUUACCCACCUAUGUAUAUUAAUGUCUGUUCUGAUCCAUAAAAUGUGGGAGUAGGUCUGGUGAUGUUUUGAAUAGAAAUAGAGGAAGUAAAUCACUUGAUGCCAGCCAUUGUUCAAUACGUGUACAUUGUCAUUUCUCUUCCCUACAUUUUGUAAACCUUUGUCUCUGUUUGUGUAAAACUAGUCUUAUUACAA